CCAGAGAGGCGCGUCGCGUCGCUGCCGGAGCGCGGCGCCCGGCUUGUCGCUGCUCCUCCCGUCACCACCCUCCUCCUCCUCCUCCUCCUCCUUUCCCCCGCUGCCUGCAGCCCUUCCCCUUCCCGCCCGCCGCUCCGGCUGUGGCUGACAGGAUAUGUAACAUGACACUGAUAUACUGGACAGUUUAUCAUAGGAGCCUCUGUGAAGCUGUUUUUUUGAAGUAAUGCCAAUAGAAAGUGGAAGUUGUGCAUCUGCUCGCCAAGCAAAGCAGAAACGUAAAUCACACAGUCUUUCAAUCCGAAGAACCAACAGUUCUGAGCAAGAACGGGCAGGACUGCAAAGAGACAUGUUGGAAGGGCAGGAUUCAAAACUACCAUCUUCCAUCCGGAAUACACUCCUUGAACUUUUUGGACAAAUAGAGCGGGAAUUUGAAAACCUGUAUAUUGAAAAUUUGGAAUUACGUAGAGAGAUUGAUACACUGAAUGAACGUCUAGCAGCCGAAGGACAGACAAUUGAUGGAGCUGAACUGAGCAAAGGACAACUGAAAGCAAAAGCCAGUCAUAGUACCAGUCAGCUUUCUCAGAAGUUAAAGACAACUUACAAGGCAUCUACUAGCAAGAUUGUAUCCAGUUUUAAAACUACAACAUCAAGGGCAAUCUGUCAACUGGUAAAGGAAUAUAUUGGCCACAGGGAUGGUAUUUGGGAUGUCAGUGUUGCGAAAACUCAACCAGUGGUGUUGGGAACUGCAUCUGCUGAUCACACUGCUUUGCUGUGGAGCAUAGAAACAGGGAAGUGCCUUGUCAAGUAUGUAGGGCAUGUUGGAUCAGUAAAUUCCAUAAAGUUUCAUCCAACUGAGCAAGUGGCUCUUACAGCAUCUGGAGACCAGACAGCUCACAUCUGGAGAUACUUAAUACAGUUGCCUACACCUCAGCCAACUGCAGACUGCAAUCAAAUGUCUGGAGAGGAUGAAGUUGAGUUCUCAGAUAAAGAUGAACCUGAUGGAGAUGGAGAUGUUUCUAGCGAUUGUCCCACUGUCAGAGCCCCAUUAACUUCACUGAAAAGCCAUCAAGGAGUGGUCAUAGCAGCUGAUUGGCUCGUUGGAGGGAAGCAAGCUGUGACAGCAUCGUGGGAUAGGACAGCAAAUUUGUAUGAUGUAGAGACUUCUGAGCUUGUCCAUUCCCUUACAGGGCACGACCAAGAGCUAACACAUUGUUGUACACAUCCCACCCAACGUCUUGUGGUGACAUCAUCACGCGAUACAACCUUCCGUCUGUGGGAUUUCAGAGAUCCUUCUAUCCAUUCUGUGAAUGUCUUUCAGGGCCACACAGACACUGUGACAUCUGCAGUUUUCACUGUGGGAGACAAUGUUGUUUCUGGUAGUGAUGACCGUACUGUGAAAGUUUGGGACUUGAAAAACAUGAGGUCUCCUAUUGCAACAAUCCGUACAGAUUCUGCAGUCAACAGGAUUAACGUAUGUGUUGGCCAAAGAAUCAUUGCCCUUCCACAUGACAACCGACAGGUUAGAUUAUUCGACAUGUCAGGAGUUCGAUUAGCACGCCUCCCUCGCAGUAAUAGACAGGGCCACAGAAGAAUGGUGUGCUGCUCAGCAUGGAGUGAGGACCAUCCAGUAUGUAACCUCUUCACAUGCGGAUUUGAUCGUCAGGCUAUUGGUUGGAACAUCAACAUCCCUGCUUUGUUACAAGAAAAAUGAAAUGCUGGAAGAAUUUCUGUGUUUUAUGUUGCCAUGGACUUCUACACUUCUACAGACUUCUGAACACUGGUCUGCUGUCGCUGUAAAAUCUCUUCCUUAAGUGGAAACUUUAGCAGAUGUUCUUGUUACCACAUUGUGCACAGUUUGCAUGAAUUGUACAGAAAAUGUGAUGUUUUUUGUUUUGUUUUUUUAAUUAGUCUCGUGUAUGAACUUUUAUAUUUUGGCAUCCACUGGUCAAUAUGUUCACUGUUGCAUAGAGCACAUAAAUGUUCAUAAGUUAUUUAGCAUUUAAUAGAUACACAGUAGGGCAUUACAUUUGUGACAUAAAUGUGAAACUUUGUAAUUAAUGUAGAGGGUGUAUAGCAGUCUGUUACAUUUUUUCAUGAUUACAUAUCUGCCUUGUGUUAAAAAGAAUCUGCAGGGCUAAAACCUUGAAAUGAAGUGUGAAUUUCAUUAGUUGUAUGAUUGUAAACAUUUUCCUGUUUGCAUCUGAUUUGGAAUACCUUUUUUAGUGCUGCAGUAUAGUGCAACUUCAACUCCAUUUUUAUUCCUGUUACUGGGAAAUAGUAGAUUUGAGAAGGAGAAUGCAAGCAGCUUGUCGUGAGUAUAGACUGCCAGGUUUAUUUGGAAUGCUUUUUGUACUUUUUCUUCUGAAAAAAAUAAUAAUUCAUUCUCCCCUUCUUAUAUAAAAUUAUUUUAAAAUCUCAUGGCAUUUCAUACUAGCAAAAAAUCCGGAAUAUUAUUAUUCCAGUCACUGAGAUCUUGUCAAGCAAAUUUUGAAGCACUUUAGUUUAUAGCUAUUGUUAUAAACCAUUUAUGAAAGUUUGACUUUACCAGUGAAUGUGAGCUGACCUUUGUAAGAAGGAUUGCUUUGUUUUGGUGAUCUGCCCAGAAAGGAAGUAAGUGUUUUGGGAGUUGUUUUUUUAUUUUUUCCUUGUUUAUAUACUUACAGUGAGCAUACUUUUAAUUGUGUUCACUUCCCAUGUUUUUAUUUCGAGCCAGCAAUACAAAGUAAAUGAGUACUACCUCAAAAGUGAAUGGUCAAGAUGCAUUGGAUCUCUCUGUAGCCUAGAAAAAAAGCACUUUUGGUCUCUGCCUGAAGUACUAUCUCUGACACGAAAGACAAUCAUAUUAAAUGUGAUCCUCAAGACAGCUAACACUUAAAGCUAAUGGAGCAAUAUGAUAAGUAAACAUCAUCUGUUACCUUUCUGUUCUCAGCCCUGGUGAGGGCUGCUGUAGCCUCUAUUCUGUUCUAGGAGGGGGUAAUUAACCCAAGUCUCCCUUCUUUCUCCCAAAUGAUCUUACUCUGGUUUUGCUCCUCACUGUGCUUAGCUUUUUUUGCACUGGCAGUGGGGUGUUACACUGCAGCUGCUGAUUAUAGAAGUAAAUGCAGGUGGCAGCUGAUGUCUUUGAAAGAACAAAAAGGCUGUUUACAGACACUUCUUUUUUAGCUAAAGGGAGAUACUGCCCCUAACUCUGACAUAUCAUGGUAUAAGAUGAAGGGUGUGGGUAAGCCAGGGGUGUGCUCUUACAGGGGAAUCAUGGGGCUGAUGAUGGGUGGUAUAAAUUAAGUAUUAGGAACUUUCAUCACUAUAAUUUCAUGAAACUAUAGCUGUGCUCAUGUCCCCUACAGUUAUUGUUUAUAAUGACGUGUGUCAAUACGGAUGUGUUAACUGGUUCUGCUGUUAACUAUCAAAUAGUGGAAUUGGAGUGCAAUGGGAUGGGAUGGUUAAUGUGUCACUGAGGAAUUGCAGGGAAAUUGGGGUCCUAUACAUAGUUUUGGAGCAUAACCUUACAGAAGCUCAAGGUAUUAAAUGGAGAAUGUAUGCAGUAUCUCUACAGAACAAGUCGUCAUAGUAGCUUGGGCCCUUCUUUUUUCUGUUUGGGUUGGGUUUUUUUUUGUUUUGUUUUACUUUUUUUUUUUUUUAGGUACAAGAUAUAUACAGUAUUGUACUGAAGUAAUCUUAAAAUACCAAGCCAAGGUUGGAGAAAGCAGCUGCAGAGUUUUAAGUCUUCUGAUAACAAGGGUUAAAGGAUGGUAUCAAAGUUUAUUUUCACCUUUUUUUUUUCCUUCUAUUUCCCCUGGGGUUUUAACUCUUGGGAAAAGCCAUUUGAUGUUGUGUUGAUGGUUUUAUGCUUGAAGAAGAAAAAACUCGCUUUCAGUUGGUAACAGAGAGUACUUUACACAGGUUGAUGCUGUUUAAAAAAGAAAAAUUAUCUGUCCAGCCAGCAGAAGCAGUUUUUCCAGCAUGGCCUGCAUGUAAUGUCUUGAGCAAUGACUAUCCUUUUAUUAUGAGGAGAGGGUCACUGGGUUUGAUCCUGCUGAACUAAAGUGUCUGUUUAAGCUUCUCUAACGCAUAUGUAUUACAGGACCACUAGACUCUAUGCAGUUCAAUCAUCAUUGCUGCAAGCUUUUUAUAUCACCAGAGGGACCAUCCUCUGGCACCAGGAAUGGGAUGAUUACAUGCUUUCACUUUGGAAAAAAUCAACUAAACAAGGUGCUAGAGCCACGCUCUUAGAAGCAGGCUAAUACUUAAAUCAGCUGAACAUUCAACUACCACUUAGCUUAAUUUAUAUACUGAACCAAAGGUGAAGCGGAAGUUGCUAUUCCCCUAGAAGCAAAUCACACGUGAGCAGUGGUGGUGAAUAAUACUACACCGACUAAAUUAUGUGGGAAACAUUUCAUGGCUUUGAAUGUUCUAAAGAGUGUUUUUCAGCACUGAACAAUGUCCAGCAUUUCAUAAAAUGGAGGAGAGUUGCAGUUACAGGUUGUGUUGUGCAGAAUUUCACAGAGAACUCAUCACUGGGCAAAAUCAAGCUUUUCUGUCUUUCAGGCAAUGCGUGUCAAUUUUCACACAGUUUUGUGAUUACAGUCAGAAAGAUCUGGAAUGAAACAUCCUAUUUGUUGCCUAAAUCUGUGAAAACUACAUUUUUGGAAAAAAAGAAUUUGUAAGUUAUGUGGAACCACUUUUUAUUAUUCUGCUAAUUUGUUUUUAGAUGUAAAAUGUUUUUCAUUAUGAUUCAAAAUGCAUUAAAACAUUCAACAUUUUU